AUGGCUGAAACGCCAGGUGUAUCGCAGUGCUACGAUGCUCAAGGACGUAGCGUGGGUAAAGUUGUAGCCGAUAAAUCUGGGAAUACAGUCAUAUACAACGACAAAGACGUACCUAUUGCCACUGGCACUGUACAAAAACUCGGCGAACGAUCCUAUCAGGCGGUGAUCAGCAAGAAUUUGUUCAUUGCACGGCUGAAGGAUGCUCGUACCUCUCCGUGCUGUCGUGAAAUCACGGGGCAGAACUGUACGGACCCUAUUAAACUGGCCAAUCCAUCCUUUCAUCACCCAUCUGAACGGGACGGCGACACGCUGAAACUGACAUGGCCGGACUGCUUUGAUAUGUCCAUCGAUGUAACAUUGCCACCAACUCCACUACCCCAAUGA